AUGAAAUAUAUUGUUGUUACAGGUGGUGUUUUAAGUGGUAUUGGUAAAGGUAUUAUUGCCAGUAGUACAGCAAUGAUCCUCAAAUCAAUGGGAUUACGUGUUACCUCAAUUAAAAUUGAUCCAUAUUUAAAUAUUGAUGCUGGUACCAUGAGUCCAUUCGAACAUGGUGAAGUAUUUGUAUUAGAUGAUGGUGGUGAAGUAGAUUUAGAUCUUGGAAAUUAUGAAAGAUUUUUAGAUGUAAAUUUAGGUAAAGAUAAUAAUAUUACUACUGGUAAAAUUUAUAAUUUAGUUAUUGAAAAAGAAAGAAAAGGUCAAUAUUUAGGUAAAACAGUUCAAGUUGUACCACAUAUUACAGAAGAAAUUCAAAAUUGGAUUGAAAGAGUUGCACAUUUACCAGUUGAUGGUGAUAAAGGUACACCAGAUGUAUGUGUUAUUGAAUUAGGAGGUACAGUUGGUGAUAUUGAAUCAAUGCCAUUCACAGAAGCAUUACGUCAAUUUCAAUUUCGUGUUGGUGUUGAAAACUUUUGUUUAAUGCAUGUUUCAUUAGUUCCAGUUUUGGGUGUAGUUGGUGAACAAAAGACCAAACCAUCACAACAAUCAAUUCGUGAAUUACGUUCAUUGGGUUUAAGUCCAGAUUUUUGUUUAUGUCGUAGUACUCAACCAUUGACUGAAGAAACCAAAAAGAAGAUUUCAUUAUUUUGUCAUGUUGCACCAGAUAAUGUCAUUGGUGUUCAUGAUGUUUCAAACAUUUAUCGUGUUCCAAUAUUACUCAAUCAACAAAAUUUACCAAAUCUCGUACUUAGACGUUUACAAUUGAAUCCAAAGGUUGAUUUAAGUAAAACCUCACCAAGUGAAUCAACUCCAUAUUGGAUGGCCUCUUGGAAGGGUUUAGCUGACCGUAUGGACAAAAUCACCAAUGAAAGUCUUAACCCAAUUCGUAUUGCAAUGGUUGGCAAAUACACUGGUCUCACAGAUGCCUACCUCUCUGUAAUCAAAGCAUUGGAUCAUGCUUCAAUGGCAAUUGAAAGAAAGAUGGUAAUCGAUUGGGUUGAAGCUUCAAAUUUAGAAACUCAAAACUCAUCCACUGCAGAAUAUAAAAAAUCAUGGGAAAUGUUACGUGGUGCUCAUGGUAUUUUGGUUCCAGGUGGUUUUGGUGAUCGUGGUAUCGAAGGUAUGAUUUUAACCGCAAAUUAUGCUCGUACCUCUGGUAAACCAUUCCUUGGAAUUUGUUUAGGUUUGCAAAUUGCUGUCAUCGAAUACGCUCGUAACGUUAUGGGUUGGGAGAACGCAAACUCUGAAGAAUUCUCUGCUAGUGGUUCCGGUAAGAAUGUCGUUGUUUUCAUGCCAGAAGUUAGUAAAACUCAUAUGGGUGGUACAAUGAGAUUGGGCUCACGUGAUACCAUCUUCACCGAUGUUGACAAUAAAAUCUCAAAACUUUAUAAUGUCGAUAAAGUUGGUCAAGCCGUUGAAGAACGUCAUCGUCAUCGUUAUGAAGUUAAUCCAGAAGUCGUAGAUGAAAUUCAUGCUAAAGGUCUUCACUUUGUAGGUAAAGAUACUACUGGCGUUAGAAUGGAAAUCGUUGAACUCAAAGAUCAUGAUUAUUAUGUAGCUUGCCAAUUCCAUCCAGAAUUUAAAUCAAGACCACAAAGACCAUCUCCACCAUUUAUUGGUUUAUUAAAUGCUUCACUUGAAAGAUUAAAGAAAAUGUAA